AUGUCCACCGCCUGCCGUCGCCGUCUCAUCCGGGACUUCAAACGCCUCUCUACCGACCCACCAUCGGGCGUGUCCGGUUCUCCCUGCCCAGACAACAUCAUGGUAUGGAACGCGGUCAUCUUCGGUCCAUCCGACACGCCCUUCGAAGACGGCACCUUCAAGCUCACACUCACGUUCGACGAGAGCUACCCGAACAAGCCCCCGACUGUCAAAUUCCUCAGCAGGAUGUUCCAUCCAAAUGUGUACGCGACGGGCGAACUAUGCCUCGACAUCUUGCAGAAUCGCUGGAGUCCGACAUAUGAUGUUGCGGCGAUCUUGACGAGUGUACAGAGCUUGCUGCAUGAUCCGAACCCGAACAGUCCAGCAAACGCCGAAGCAGCCCAGCUCUACAGGGAGAACAUGAAAGAAUAUGUCAGGAGGGUCAAGACGACCGUGGAGGAGAGUUGGAUGGAUGGGGUUGUGGAACAGGUGAAAUAG